GUCCUCGCCGCAUGAAAACAGUUUGUAGUUUUUUGUAGUCUCCUUCAAAACAUAAGUCGUUAGCUAUAAUUAAACGUCUAUUUCGUUCAUUUUCGGGAUGGAUGCGGAUGAUGAGAGCCAGUUGGAAAGACGAGCGGUUGAGGAACUCCUGAAAGAGGCCAGUAGAGCCAGAGUGCGGGCAGAGACCAUGGGACCAGCAGGAUGGAUGAAGUGUCCUCUAGGAAGCACCAAUAAACGUUUCCUGUUGAACACCCUCCGGUCGUCUGCUCUGGAGCACCGCUCUGGUGGCCAGGCAGCUACAACGAGGAGAGAAGACGAGCGCAGGAGUGAUGGAGAUAAACGUUAUUGCAGUGAGGAGAAAGUGCGCAGCCACAGGAAAGAGAGAGAACACAGGAAAAAACAAACUGGCUCUCGUUCUCAGUCUGAAAGACACCACACCUCCAAUAGAAAUGCUUUAGCAUCCAGAGAACACUCUCCCCACCACUCAAACAGGACACGCUCACCUGUCAGAGACCGGUCAGUGCUCAGGAAAUCCAGGGACAGGACUUGAAAAUGAUGCAGGAAACCUAUGAACUUAAGAAAUAUAUACUGGAGGGCAAGUCAUCUUCUAUCCAGAUCGCUGCCCAUACUAUCACAUCUCACAGCGGAUGCAAGAUAUCUUAGACCAGGUCACUGACGGAAGGAAAGUUUAUCUUAACCUGUUUUUAAGCCUUUUCUAUUUGAUGUUUUGUAGGACUGGGCACUUUAACCAAUUUUGGUGUGUGAAUAUUUACAUUUGUAAACAAAGUCCCACAUUAAGUUCAAAUAUUCCAUAAUGUUUUGUGCAGAAGGUUUCAUGUUUCUUUGUGUGCAGGUAGCAUUAAUAUACUUUCCAUAUACACUUCUUUUGCUUAAUGUGUCACCUACUUGUGUCCCAACAUUGUCUGUGAAAAUACAAUACACUGUUUCAUUUUUCAACUGAACUCCUUAUUUGAGUGAUUAAAGAAACAAAUACUAAGGUGAAUUUGGAUAUGCAUAAAUGUGUAUAUGCCAUGCCCAUUACUUUAUGUUUUGGUACAAAAUAAACACAGAGAGCCCUUCAGUAAAACAAACUAAGUACAGUGAUUGAUUAGGGAAUGAAUUGCUUCUUUUUUCUAUAGGCACUUCACUGAAAUGGCUUGGUUUGGUGUCUCAAACUCCUUAUGAAUUAAUCCUAAUGGUACACUAGAUAGUGAAUAAACUGAUAGAAACAUGAGGAAUUCACCAGUCUUGUAUAUUGGAGUGCACCUAUCAUGUACACUGUACAUUAGUGAAUUUUACAGUGGCAAUGAAUUGUGA